UGACCAUAUUUGUAAUCAAGCAGGAUCACAAAUGAUCGAAGAUGAAACAAAAACCUUAUUUCUGGGUUCGCCUUCCCAGAUACUGACCAAUUUUUGUGCAAGUCCUGCCAUCAUUUUGUUCAAUUGAUACGAGCUAGGUUACGAUGCGACUUGACUAGAAAAAGUUAUAGAGACAAAACUGACAGUUAAUCUAAAAAAGAGAAAGGAUACGAUAGGUAUUUAUCAAAUCCAAACGACACAUGGAUUAAACAAUUUAUUAGGAAUGCUGAUUUCUCGGUUUAUAGUUCAACACCAGAAAAAAAGUCAGCUAUUAAUGGUUGAGAAAUUUUGCUUCUGUGUUCCUCUUGGCCUUUUAUUUUUAAAGAUCAUGACCAUGUCAGAUUUCAAAGAAGAUAAAAAUAUGCAGGAUGUCUGUGAUCUAUUACAGGCGUCUAGAACACAUAAACUUUUUAUCCCAGAGGUUGACAGGUCUGGCACUUUAACAGAAUUGCAAUCAGAAAUGUUGAGCUGGAUCUGGAACGUUGAUUCAAGAGAGCAUGCCAAUUCUGAUUCACCAACCGGACUCACUGAUUUACAAAAAGAAAUGCUGCGUUGGAUCUCACAUAGCAAUUCGAUUCAGAUCGCUAUGCACAACAAGCCCUCGACACCAGAAAAAAUAGACGACGUUCACACUGUAACUUUAGCAAAUAUCGUGACAGUUGUUAAAGAAGAUACGGAUGGCUACGUUGACGUGGAGGAAAUCUCUUCAAAACAUGUGCAUGAUCAGAGCGAUAGUGAUAGUUUUGACGGGGAUAACUAUCUUUCAUUCCUCACAGGCGAAUUGAAAUAUAGGGACAUGUCACCGGCGAUAGAAAAAGACAUUGAUGAAAUCCCCUCUAUAAUGAGUCAUAUGGACAAAGUGAGACAAAAAGACAUGGUAUUAAGACAGAAAGCAGCUAUAGCAAUUGUCUUAGCCGACAGAUUGAAUAGAGAAGUGCGUACCGAUGAUCCCGAGGUGCAAGAGGCACUUUUUAAAACAGAGAUAAUGGCCAGAAAAAUAAAUUUUAAGAUGAUCACACAGCUUAGAAAGGAAGAUACUGAAGCAUCUGUCGACUUUAAACCACCAAGUUGGACUAUGAUCAAAAAGAAGGUUAAAAUUCGGUACGCAAAUAUUUUAGAGAAGAAAUUACGAAGAAAGUAUGGCCUUAAGAUUGAGCGUUGCAAAAAAAAUUGGUUGGCACUGCAAUUAUUGCAUGCAGCCCAUAAAAACACAGUUUCAAGGAUUAAGCAUUAUCAUAGCUUGAAUAAAGUGUAAUUAUUCUUUUAAAUCAGUGUAAUUGUAAGUAAAAUAAUAAGUGCGGAUGCAUGGUAGUGGACUUUGCUAGUUUUAGAUACGUGUUUUGUCCAUUGUCUGUACUGUGUAGCAUAUAAGUAGAGUAGAUUUAUCAGUGACUUUGUGUCAAGAGAAUGGGGGUAUUAAUCUUUUUACAAAUAAAUAUAGUAUAUCAAUCUGGAGAUAUAUGUAUUGGUUUGAAGCUUGGAAACCA